UUCAUUUGACUGGAGCUUCGAUGACGACAUCCUUUUAUUUUUAACGCAGUGACCUCAUCGUCUCAUCGUCUCUGAUGGCAGCAGGAGGACUGAGGCAGCGAGGCGACCUCUUCUUCCUCCUCUUCUUCUUCUCUUCUUCUUCUCUUCUUCACCUCUAACUCUAAUUUUAUAACGUUACUCCAUUAACCUCUCCUCAGUCUCUACUCCCUCUGUAACCGACCUGGACGGUUCUGGAGCCGUUUUGGACUUUUGACGUCGAGUUUUCAAACGUGUGAAACCAGCUCAGCAUGAAGACCAUGGAUUAGGGUGCAGAGUGAUGUCAUCAGUGCUCAGUCCAGGAGCAACGUCGCCUUUUGUUUCACACCUGCGUGGUGUGAAGGAGACCCCCCCGACCCCGUCCUCGUCGGCCUGCAUGCCACCGAGAGACUGUACACAAAGAAACACUCUUUCAGUCAGUUAGUUAGUUAGUUAGUUAGUUAGUUAGAGGGGGUUUGGUUCCUGCCUUUCAGGCAGAGUGAGACCCUCCUCUCUCUCUCUGUCUGUCUCUGGGAUCUGGGCUGCCAAGCCGCCAUCAGGAUGACAUCAUACCCGACCGACACAAUGGAGCUCUUGAUCCUCUGAGGUUCCUCGCAGGCUGCGUCACUGCGCUGGACCGCCGGCCCGGGACGCCAGGAGGAGGAGGAGAAGGAGGGGGAGGAGGACUACCGUCAGGGAGAAAGGGGGGUGGGGUGUGGGGGGUGGGGGGAGGGAGGGACCGGGAGGGGGAAGUGGUUUUGACAUGUCGGAGCAUCCUGCGGGACCAGCAUCAUGGUCCAGGUCCAGUCCGGGAUGGCCGGAGCGGCGCGGCCCAUCGGGGCCGAGGCUCUGGUGGCGCUGCUGGAGGGGGGGCUGGACCGGGUGGUGCUGAUCGACAGCCGGUCCUUCGUGGACUACAACGCCUCGCACAUCCUGGAGGCGGUCAACGUGAACUGCUCCAAGCUGAUGAAGAGGAGGCUGCAGCAGGACAAGGUCCAGAUCGCUGAACUGCUGCAGCACUCGGCCAAGAAGAAGCUGGAGCUGCAGGGCGAUCAGGAGGUGGUUGUUUACGAUCAGAGUUCUUCAGAUCCAGCGUCUCUCAGCUCCGAGUCUUUCCUCAGCGUCCUGCUGUUGAAACUGGAGCGGAGCUUCCCCUCCGUUCACCUGCUCUCAGGUGGGUUCUCCGGGUUCUCCCACCUGUUUCUGGUCUGUGUGAGGGGAAGUUCCAGUCUGGUUCCCUCCUGUAUGUCUCAGCCCUGCCUCCCCGUCACCAACACCGGACCGACCCGCAUCCUGCAUCACCUGUACCUGGGCUGUCAGAGAGACGUCCUCAACAAGACCCUGAUGCAGCAGAACGACAUCGUGUACGUCCUGAACGCCAGUAACACGUGCCCCAAACCGGACUAUCCAGAGUCCCACUUCCUGAGUCCUGUCAACGACUCGUUCUGUGAGGAAGAUCCUGCGUGGCUGGACCGAUCCGUGGAGUUCAUAGAGAAGGCUAAAGCCUCCAACUCCCGGGUCCUGGUUCACUGUCUGGCCGGAUCGCUCCGCUCCGCCACUAUCGCCAUCGCCUACAUCAUGAAGAGGAUGGACAUGUCUCUGGACGAGGCCUACAGGUUUGUGAAGGAGAAGAGGCCGACCAUCUCGCCCAACUUCAACUUCCUGGGUCAGCUGCUGGACUUUGAGAAGAAGAUCAAGAGUCCUCCCGGUACGGAGACCAAACUCAAGUUCCUCCAUCCUCCAGAGGUUCAGCAGCGAGUCCCGGUUCAACCUGAGGACCUGGAUCAGGAGGCCCCGGCGGGUCCAGGUCUGGCCCUGCUGGAGCCCCUCACCCUGCCGUUGUUUCUCGCCGACGCCCCGAGGAGCUGCCUGCUGGCUCAGGCUCUGAGCGGCCUGCAGCUCGCCGACGGACCCGAAGACAGCGCCCGGCUGAAGCGCUCCUUCUCUCUGGCCAUCAAGUCGUACGGCGAGCCGGGGUCAGGGGACGCUGGCGAGUUCUUCAAACCGUCUGGCUUCAAAGAGGUGACCAGUAAGCCGUGCCAGUUCUCGCCGGUGGAGGAGGUGUCGGAGCAGUCCACACCGGAGCAGAGCCCCGACAAGGAGGAGGCCGGUGCGCCGGAGCGAGUCGCACCGCCGCCGCCAGCUUCCAAACCGCCACCUGCUGCUCCAAACUGUUCGCUGCACCGGAGCGGCAGCAUGGAGGAGAACGCCACCAGCUUCCUGUUCGGCCUCUCCCGCAGCCAGCAGCAUCUGGCCAAACCGGGACCCGGCGGCGCCCUGAAGGGCUGGCACUCGGACAUCCUGCUGGGCCCCGUCACCGUCUCCACGUCCUCGCUGGCCGGCGGCUGGUACCUGUCCUCCGACUCCACUCGUUUCUACUCCACCUCGGCCAUCCUGAGCGGCGGCGGCUUCGCGGCCUACAGCUGCGGCCACGGCCUGGAGGCGGUGCGGCGGCGCAGCCAUCAGAGGACAGGUGACCGCGGUGACUCGAGGAGGAGCUGGCACGAAGAGAGCAGCUUCGAGAAACAGCUGAAGAGACGCAGCUGCCAGAUGGAGUUCGGAGACGGGAGGACAGACAGCCGGUCCAGAGAGGACAUGGGGGGCAGCCAGUCCAGCUUCUCUGGCAGCAUGGAGGUCAUCGAGGUCUCCUGAUCCUGGUCCUGAGCUUGGUCCUGGUCCUGGUCCUGGUCCUGGUCCUGGUCCUGGUCCUGGUCUUGGUCCUGAGACAUUUUCAGAGAUCUCUGUCAGGAUGAGUCUGACUGAAGCAGCUUCGUCUCUACUGACGCUUCAGUGACGUUCAGAAUAACAUGCAACAACACAUCGGCCCGCUUCGCCUCGCUGAGCGCCGUGUCGAUGCCAUCACGCUCCGACUGGUCCUCUCAGACAGAAGCAGUCGAGCUCGAGACUGACGUCAUCACCGUAUCGAUCCAAAUAUCAGACUGUUUUUAUCUGGAGAUUACGUUUGAAAGGUUUUUCUGUUGUUUUUUUGAAUGGAGAGCUGAGAGAGAGUGUUGUAUUGUGGGUUGUUUUUAGCCUUAAUGUUGCUAAGCUAACAGUGUGUUUAUAGUGAGUGUGUGAGAGUUUAAGCUGCAGGAGUUUCUGGAGGAAAUGGACUCCUGAUGAGUUUGUGACUGAUAAUCAUAGAAAGGUUGUGUAUUCUGAGAGAAGUCUUGAAGGACUCUGUUGGUGU